GAGGAACUCCCAUUCCUCGAUCCAAGCAAAUUGUUUCUGUGCCCGUCUGUUCUACGGUCAUUCCUGCGAGCAGGUCGUUUUGAUUCAGAAUUAGGGGUGAAUUGAGUCGAAAUGGGCCGAAAGAAGGUGCAACUGAGGCGAAUCGAGAACAAGAGCAGUCGUCAAGUAACCUUUUCAAAAAGGCGAAGCGGAUUGAUCAAGAAGGCUCGAGAACUCUCCGUCCUCUGCGAUGUCGAUGUCGCUCUCGUCAUCUUCUCCAGCCGCGGCAAGCUGUACGAAUUCUGUAGCACCGACAGUUUGGCCAACAUUCUUGAGUGCUGUAAGAGUCGCUGUGGAGGGGAAGCUCUUGCAUCCAGGAGUGUAAAUACAGAGGUCUCUCACCCUGAAUGUGCAAGUAUAUAUUCACAUGCUGAGCUGCUGCAAAUAGUUCAAAGGAAACUUGAUGGACCAAACUUUAAGCAGUUGACUGUGCCUGAUCUUGUGCAACUGGAGAAGCAACUUAAUGCUAAAAUAUCACAAAUUAGAGCUAGGAAGACAGAAAUGAUGAUGGAAUCCAAAAUGACCCUCCAAAAUAUGGAAAAGACGCUGAAAGAAGAAAACACACUUCUGAAAAGAGAGAUUGCAGCACUAGAGAAGCAGGGGAAUGAUACAGCCGCCAGAGUGAUGGCAACCCUGCAUUUGCUUCGACAGUAGCUUGGAUAUAACAUCCUUCCAUACGUGUUCACAAUUUGGUGCUUCAAGUUGGCUGACGAGGGGGGCAGUGUUGGAAAUGUUGAAACCGACGAUGUUUCAUUUAGUUGGUAUCAUAAAUCUAUUCAUUAUUCCCACGCAAUUUCUACCAAUGGGGACUGAAGCAAAAAUCUAACCAUUGGCUUAUAAGUUUAGCUGAUGGACAAUGCUGUAUCCUGAUAUAUAAAUUUAUGUAUGUAUUUGUGAGCAAUAGCGGGAUAAGGUUUGUAUGUAAGACGGUCAGUUUGGAACAAUCUCCUGGGAGAAUGUGUCCUAUUACAGAACUUGUCGUUUUUCGUUGUUUGUCUUUUGAGUUUUGUCGGCCAAAGUUAUGCAUUAUCCUUUUGUUUUCUGUGACUGGGCUAUAAUUCAACCUGAAAUUUUCUGGA